AAUUCAGACACGCUUCAAACAGCUUCGAAAACCUCAAUUUAUAUUGUAUUAAUAAAACCAUUAAUCAUUAACAACAAAAUAAUAAAGGAAUUGCAUAGCAAUAUGUCAUGCUUGUGCCAAUAUUUUGUGACAUCGAAAAAUCGCAAGUUCAUAGGUCACAGCACGGACGGCAGUGACCUCUCGGUGUUUACCCAAAAUCCACUCGCACUAACGAAGGAGGAGUCCAAGCGAGAUGAAGUCAGCAAAUUGAACGAAGAAGUGUCUGCUACCGAAUUAGCAGCGGCCAAGGCGGAGAUUUGGGUACUCAAAAAGCAUCUUAGCGAAGCACAAAUCUCUGUGGAGAACUUGGAAAAUCUUGUACGAACCAUUAUACUCAAACAAAAUGAACUGUUGGGCGAAAUGUACGAAUUGAAAAACCAGAAUUAUGAGUUGCAAGAGGAAUGUCGCAUGCAACGUGACUAUCAAAUGAUGGAACGAAAUGCUAUGAUGCGUGAAAUGCAUGAGAUCAAAACACUGCUUGGCGAUCGCACACGACUACUGGAGGACACAGUCGCACGCAAUUCAGAGUUGACCUCUGCUCUGCAGGAUGCUAACGAAAAAAUCUAUAUGAUGGGCAUGAAGUUCUUGAAAUUGAAAGCGUCGCGUUCGAAACACGUAAAUACCGUCCAGACUACAUCGGGUAGUAAUACUGAACGUUCGAAUUCUGGUUGA